GAACGUAGCUGAAUAAGCCUUAUUUGAUAUCACAGGGCAUCUGCAUGGGGGCGAAAUCCUCAACCACACGGAUACAAAGAGAGUCCAGUGGUCAGGCCUCUUUCGCCGCAUCUGCUCAGCUCAACGAUCUCAUGGAGUCCCCCCGCCGUCCUCGUAGGAAUGUCUGCACAGAAGGGGGGGAGGAAAAUAUUACAGAGCCAACAAGCGCCAUUUGUGGGGAUGCUUAUGGUAGCAGCUUUGGUAGCCGUAAAGAACAUCAAAAUACACCCUGUCAACUCGAAAUCAAUCGUUGGCGAGAUCGUAGUUUCAUCGGAUUCGUACCGGGGCGGAAAAUUGCGAUGUGGAAGCAGGGGCUGGCGGGGAGUUUCGAUCGUGUUCCGGAGCCGGACAUUUGUUCAGAUGAGACUUAUGAAAAUGAGUUGUGGCUGCGCACGGAAGGAGAUCCAUUCGGCGGAUUUUACUCACAGGAUACCCCUCGAUACGUGCUCGCGGCCGGGCUCAAGACACCGGAUCGGAAUAGUUCAUCCAACUCUAUACAAUUGAAAUCCACUAAAGCGGGUUGCCCUUGCUUAUAAUUUGUCUUUUUAUUAUUAUUGUUGCUUUUUAUGUCAGCUAUAGGGGACAUGCGAACAGCAUUUAUUUAUUUAUUUGUCGAAACAUAUUAUUAUAGUACUUAAAAUUAUUUUAUGGUGGCAUCAUUUCAGACAUUACUUUUCUUUCUUAUUGUUAUCUUUUGCGUUGAUCAAACGUGAAUGAUCAUAAUAUUCUCCCUCCCACGCUUUUUCUCCUAUUUUUGAUGCUAUAUCUCAUUGGUGUUUCAAUGUAACAACAUUCAUUUUCUCUCUUUCCCCUUUUAUUGAAUUUUUUACUUUUCGCAGAUUUAUUUAGCUGCAUCUAUAUAUAUAUAUAUAUAUCACUUUCAUUCUUUUGCAAAAUUUGAAGGCAAAAAAUGCGUCUGCAUAAGAGAAGGGGGAGAGGAAUGCCGUUUGUUUAGGUCUUUAUAUUAGCGUUAGCUCCUUAUAUGAACAUAUAUUCUAUUGUAGCCUACCUUUUUCGCUAAAUGCGUGUGUUUACUCGUAUUUUGAAUGGAUUCACGUUCUUUCUACACUGCUCUAGUUUAAUUUCCCCUAUAACCCUUUAUCUAUACCCACACGUACACACAUUCGGAGAGUCUGCGGGUAUAGGUCGCUCGAACCUUUACCUUCAUAUCAAAAGUUGUUUGACCAUUUGUGUGGGAUGUUGUAGUAGCGUUA